AUGGUCGACUUUGCGGCAACCCAACUCCUUAUACUCCGCUCCUCGCCUCACCAUCGCCUCGCCCGUGACCUGACGAUGCGACACAUUUCUGGAGCGUGGACUCCGUCGCGGCUUGUCGAGAAAGACAUGUCAUGCUGUCCCGGCCUUGACGGCGAUGCCAAACGUGUUCGCCUAGAGGGGAUGGAGGACGUCGCGCGAAAGCUCACCACCUCCUCCAGGGUCAUGAACGCGACGUAUUUGUACAUCGAUCUAGACUCGCCGACGGCCAACGUUCCCGAGUUUCAAAUCUCGCUCCCGCACCUGCGGAAAUUGUCGAUCAAGUACCCCUCUGUCGAUCCGGCGAAGCAGAUUCUGUCGUUUAUGGCCCUCAGUUCCCUAGAGGUGCUCGAACUUUGUGACCGCUGGAACGUUAUCCUUCCGGAGGGACAAGACUCGUCGCCGCUGCUGCACUACCUGGCUCAGCCAUCAGCCAUCACCCCGAAUCCUUCGGUAGCAUUCUCUUCUCUCAACCACCUCUGCAUGCAGGACAUGCGCUUCUCUGAAGCUUCAUUGUGGACCUUCUUAUCGCAGUGCACGGGUCUCAAACACCUCUGCUUGAGCGACUGUUCCAUGCCUUACGAUUAUUCCGGAGCAUUCUACCCUCCGGCCCGGCUGCCAGCCCUCGCGACCCUGCGGAUUACCUACCGGGAUACUUCCCUUGCACAAAACCUACUAGCUUGUAUCGACGCCCCCACGCUCCACACCCUCUCGCUUCGCGACCUCAACGAUAUCGCUUUCGUAAAUUGCGCUGCCGUUCUCAACGAUUCCUCGGACUUGUUCAGAUUGGACUACAAGAGAUCGUGCCGUUUCCUCCGGUCGUUCCUGGUCCUCGAACUGUUUAAUAUGCACGCAUUCCCAGCAGCCAUCGCAGAAUUCCUGGUCCAUUGCCCUGCCCUUCAGCACAUCGUGCUCACCAAUUGUACCCCUAAGAUACAGGAGGGCUUGGUCCUGACCGUGUUUCCCAAGAGGGCUUUAGCGAUAUACCAGGACCCAGGGCGCUACCCCUCGCACGUUACGGAGCGCGUACUGCCCAGUCUCAAAGACGUCGAUUGCUUCAGUGCAGGACUCAUCGGCCAAAAGACGACGCUGGAAGCGAAUUUUUUUUGCCCGACUCAGGGUGUUAUUGCGACUUCCCCAAGAGGAACUGGCUAA